UCGCUCGGAGCAUGCGUCCUGGGUGCCCGGCUUUGGGAGUCGCUCUCUGAGAUUGUACUUGGACUGGCUGCCAUCUUAGUCGAGGAGCCGUCGCCUUUAGGGCUGGUUCAUGUACCUUCCUAUGAUAUGGCUGGGAAUGGGUCAAGAUCAGAGUGUAUCAGUGGACUAACUAUGAAAUCACAGCUCCAGGUAACUGUUAUUUCUGCAAAGUUGAAAGAAAACAAAAACAAGUGGUUUGGACCCAGCCCAUAUGUAGAAGUUUCAGUCGAUGGACAGUCAAAGAAGACAGAAAAAUGCAACAAUACCAAUAGUCCAAAAUGGAAACAGCAUCUUACAGUAAUCGUCUCCCCUAUCAGCAAACUACAUUUUCGUGUGUGGAGUCACCAGACAUUGAAGUCAGAUAUCUUACUUGGAAGUGCUGCUCUAGAUAUUCAGGAGACACUAAAAGCAAAUAAUAUGAAACUUGAGGAAGUGAUUGUGAAUAUGGAGCUUAUUGGUGACAAAGAACCACCCGAUGGAAUAGGAGAGUUGUCUGUCUGUCUAGAUGGUAUGCAGGUGGAUCCUGAGCUUCUGACUAAUGGUGAUGCCUCAAGUAUAAGAAGUCCUGUGCUGAAUGAUGGCUCCAAACCAAGAAAUGAAACAAGGAGUAACAUUCUUGAAAGUUGUGAAACUGCUGGAUCCAGUGAUAAGAAGGGGGCUGAUAUCAGUGACACUCCAUUAAUUGCAAAUGGUGGUUUCAAGCCUUCUAGACCUCCCAGACCCUCUCGACCACCUCCACCCACUCCACGUAGGCCUUCAGCUCCAGCUGCAUGUGUCAAUGGCCCUUCUUCCACAGAAUCAGAAGGGAUUAAUAAAGAAGCUGUGCCAACCACAAACACAUCAGCAGCAGAACCAAGCUCUGAAGGAGUGACUGCAGGGACAGCUCUUCCUGCAGCAGCGCCUUUAGCUACACCACCAAUAUGCAGACAAGUUCAGCCAGCAACUCCCAUUUCACAGCCACAUCAUACAGUUAGCCAAGGUCCUCUUCCACCUGGUUGGGAACAAAGAGUAGAUCAGCAUGGCCGAGUGUAUUAUGUAGAUCAUGUAGAAAAAAGAACAACAUGGGAUAGGCCAGAGCCUCUUCCUCCAGGUUGGGAGCGCCGAGUAGACAACAUGGGACGGAUUUAUUACGUUGACCAUUUCACCAGAACAACCACUUGGCAACGGCCAACUCUGGAAUCUGUCCGUAAUUAUGAGCAAUGGCAGCUUCAGCGCAGCCAGCUUCAAGGAGCUAUGCAGCAAUUUAACCAGAGGUUUAUAUAUGGGAAUCAAGACUUCACACAGAAUAAAGAAUUUGAUCCUCUUGGUCCCUUGCCACAUGGAUGGGAAAAAAGAACAGACAGCAAUGGCAGAGUGUAUUUUGUCAAUCAUAAUACACGUAUCACACAAUGGGAAGAUCCCAGGAGUCAAGGUCAAUUAAAUGAAAAACCUUUACCAGAAGGCUGGGAGAUGAGAUUCACUGUUGAUGGAAUUCCAUAUUUUGUGGAUCACAACAGAAGGACAACAACAUAUAUUGAUCCUCGUACUGGAAAGUCUGCUUUGUGCUAGCAGAGUACCAGAGAGGAAACCAGACGCAAAAUUAUUUUUUUUAUAUUACUUAUUUCGCAAAACAAGAUAAUGCUUAAAGGGCAUUAUUUUUCAGUCUUUUCUCUUCAUUUUCUGUAAAGUAAAAAAUAAAUGCUACUACUACUAAGUGCGUUUAAAAGUGGGUUAACACUGAACAUUAGAGAUAUUGGCAAGUACAUUUUUUGUGCUUCAGUGUGUGUCUCAGGAACGUGUCAAGCUUGUUUCAAAAAGAACUUUUCAACUUCAGAAU